AUGAAUACUAUUCAUGGUUCAUUGGAUGUAGGUAGACAUUUUGGGGAAGUUCACAUGGAAGCUCUAAUGAAGGCAGCGGAAAAAUCCCAUGAGACAGUCGCUUUCAUGGCCUAUUUGACGAAGACAAUCACAGGCUCAAACCAACACAUCUACUUUGACGAUGUCAAACUGAACCUCGGGAAUGGCUACAACCGGCAUCACGGAACGUUUGUUGCACCAGUUAACGGAACAUACCAGUUUACAGUCACCGCUUGUACUGCUCCCUCACAUUACAUUGUCUUGGAGAUAACUGUCAACAGUUCUACUUUGGGAAAAGUUAUCGCUGGUGAUUUAAUUUAUUCAGAUUGCAGUUCUAAAGUAUUCCUUGCUCAGCUCCAAGCCGGCGACGAUGUCUUUGUUCAACAUAGAACAACUGGUGACUAUCUUUACGCUGCCCCUGUGUUUGGAUUUCCGAGUUUCACGGGAGUUUUGCUACAGGCCAGUUAAACCAUUUAUCAGAUAAGAUGAGGACUUUAUUGUUGUUGUAUUUUUGGCCUUAAUAUUAUGUGAUUGCAAACGCUGGCAUAUGAACUUCUGAACGUGUUUGAUAAAUUGCAUGCAAAUCAAAAAGAUCAAUAAAGCCUUAAAUGUUAUAUACGUCUAUCUUUAUGAAAUCGAAUGUUUAAAAUGAAAGUCUUAUUACAUGUAAAUUUUAUAUGAUUUCAAAUAAACUGCUUUAUAA